AUGGUUCAGAAUUUAAAAGAAACACAACUGACGAUGGAUAAUGUUUUACUUUCAAUUGACAAGUUAACAAAGUUGUUACCUGAGAAUCUGCAACAAGAAGAAGCCAUUGAAUUCUCUGAAACAUUAAAAAAAUCACCAAUUUCCACACCAUCAUUCACCUACUCCCACACACCAGAAUCAAAUUUGUCAUUGAAAUCAAUAACAAAUAUGAUUCAAAGAGUUAGCGAUAAGAAAGCAGUUUGGAUUGAUGAUAUUCUACCAAAGAUGUCGACAAUGAGACACACUGGAAAAGUAAAGGAACUGACUAGGCGUGGAAUAGACAAGGAUAUCCGUGGCUUAGUUUGGCAGACUGCUCUCGAUAAUCAACUAAACAUUGAGCCGUCACUGUAUCAGAGUUUUCUUGAGAAAUGGGGCGAUAAGAUUGAAACAAAUAUCAGCUUGAUCGACUCGCCACCAUCAACCAACAGUAGUACGAGCAGCUCAUUGAAUUCAUCGUCGAUCAUCUCUAGCUCACUACCUUCGAAUGCAACACAAUCGCCACCACCAUCGCCACCCAACGGAUUCAAUACAACCGAGGAAGCAAUCCUCUAUAGUUUUUCAAUGAUUGAUAUUGACUUGCCAAGGACAUUCGCUUCAUUCUCGUUGCUGAAUCACGAAUCCUCACAAUUUAGAAAGCAACUGCAGCGUAUCUUGAAAGGCUAUGUUAACUUGUCGCCAACACUCGGUUACGUCCAAGGAAUGUCUUAUCUUGCUGCGAUGCUACUGUUACACAUGGACGAGUAUCAAUCGUUUGUUUGUUUUUGUAAUCUUUUGAAUAAUCGAUUCCUCCAGUCACUCUAUCAGCUAAAGAUGAAGGAGGUCGAUAACUAUAUGAAUGCAUUCGAGAUGAUGCUUCAAUUCAAUAUGCCAAAGCUGGCGGAACACUUUAAGGAACUACAGAUGCUGCCGCAUCACUAUCUAAUUCAAUGGUGGAUGACAGUUUUCUGCCAGUCGCUACCACUCCCAGUGUGCAUACGUGUCUGGGACUGUUUUAUCAUCGAGGGAAAUCUCUUCCUCUUUGUGACUGCACUCGGUAUCCUUUUCCACUACAAGAAGCAACUGGAGGAAGGCUCGCUUGAGUUUUGUAAGAAUUUCUUGGCUAAUCUACCAAACGAUCUCGAUGCAGACAGUCUCUUUAGGUCGAUCGACAAUAUCAAUAUCUCCUAUUGCUCGCAGAUCUACAAAGAGAUUGAGAGAGUGUUGGCCGACGACAUGGAGUUACAAUCGAUAGAACAAGAACCAAACAAUUUCAAUAGCAAUUCGACCAACAACAACAGCAACUAUCAUUCGUUUGAUUUAAGACAUACAACCAACUCACCAAACAAUCAAUCACCAGAGGUACUUUCAUCGUAUGACUACGAAGAGGAAGAGGAAUACAGUCAGCACAGCGACAACAUUAAUGAUCAAUUGAGAUUUAGCGCAAACUCAAUUGUUAACUUAUCACCUAGAAAUCAUUGA